CAUUGCCAAUGUGGCACGCACCCAAAAGUUUAGUACUGCAGUUGGGCUUUAAUAUUGAACCAUAGCUGUCACUUCCGCGUACAAAGUGUCCUGUGUGAAUGUGUGACCAACGGCAAGUGCUAAGUGCCAAGAAGAAAUACAACAAAUAAAUGGAAAACCAAAACACAACUACAAGAGUCAAUCUUCUGUGUAAACUCAUAACAAAUAGCAAAGCAGGAGAUACCAACAACGCCAAUGGCGAAAAUUGACUGACUUUUUGAUGAUUGAAGCAUUGGUCGACGAAGCGACAAAAACUAAAUAAAAACAAAAAAUAAAUCGAAACAAUAAAUAAACGUUUAUGCAAACAACUUUUAGCCAGAAGCAACAACAAGAAGAAGAAGAAGCAUUAAAGUAUUGACAAAAUUGAAUUGCACAUAGUCCAAGCCAAAAGGAAAAUAAAGCGAGCGUGUGGACAAGCGAAUUGCUUCGCUAAUCUUAAAAUCUCCGCAAUGAAAUACGAGAGCUAAGUGAGCGUCACAAAAAAUCAGUUUACCAAAAGAGUUUUGAUGGUGGGAAAAUAAAGCAGUUGAUAGUUGCCGACGUUUUUGUGCAGAGUUUGUCAAUCGGCGAGACCACUUCAGAAAAAGUAUCUGUCGUCGUAUGUGAGCACCCGACGACCUUCAAUGACCCCACUGUGUCCACUGAGUACCUACUCGUGCUGAUGAUAUACAUGAGGAGCUUGCCUUUUUGCUCGAGUGACAAAUUGAAUAAACUCUUUGACACGCGUGUCGCACCCCAACACCCAUAGAAGCGGUGUUGUUUUGUUUGGCGAUUGUUGUUGCUGCCGCUGCUGCCUCAUUAAAUAAUAAAAACACAAAAAUAAAACUAUAACAACAACAACAAAGACGUUUGUAGUAAACAUGGAAGUGUUCGCUGAGGAGCCACAACAAAAGGCCGAUGAGGAUCUUUCGCAAUACAUGCUGGACGAUUUGCAAUUAGCAGCUGAAUUGGGCAAGACACUCUUGGAGCGUAAUAAAGAACUGGAAACGUUGUUGAAAGACCACAAGCACACCAUCGAGGAGCAAGAGCAAGAAAUUGUGUAUUUAAAAAAGCAUACCACAGCAUUGCGUGAAGUGAAUGAUUCCCGCCUGAAGGUCUAUGAGCAGUUGGAAGUUGGCAUUCAAGAUUUGGAGCGCGCCAAUCAUCGUUUGCUCGUUGAGAACACAGCCGAUAAGAAGCAUAUUAAGACGCUUGGUCACAACAUCGAGACACUCGAGGCUCGCACCGAAGAACUGACAAAACAAUUGGAAGAGACCCGCCAACUAUUGACCGCAGAGAGGCGAAAAAAUGAAAGGCUUGUUUCCGAGCUGGGCAAAGCAGGGGGAGAGGCGAAUGCCAUCAAGCUGAAACCCAUUGUUGCCACCAACAAUGCUGAUGCAGAUGCCAUAUCGGCCCAGCCGGGAUAUGACGCCAAUACUUCUGCUCCGGAGAACUGUAGUUUUACAUUCCAAUCACCUGCCGCCCGUAACUCCACAGGCAUAAGUGGCAUUGAGAAUGACAGUUCGCUGGAUCUGAGCAUGGUUGGUGGCCAAGAGGGCAACGAUGAAAUCAUUAAAUUGGUUAGUGAUUUUGAGGCAACCAAAAAGGCCUACAUGGCCGAACAGCAGCGUUGUGGUGAAUUGGAAGAACAGCUGGUGGCCAUAAUUCAAGAAAACCAAACUCUCCAGACUCGAAUUGCUCAAAACAGUGGCACGGAAGAAAUGAAGUCUAUGCAUGAUGAACUAUCUAUUCUGGAUGAAGUCAGGCAAGGACAGAUGUGUAGCCGUUGCCUGCGAUCCAUGGAUGAUCGCAUUAAUGACGAGCAAUCCUCUUUGGCUCCCACGGAGGAGUGCGAGGAGGACGAAGAGAACAGCCUGCUGGACUUGGAAGGUAGUCGAGCUGGCGACAAUGCCAGUGAACACUCGCAGGCAGCCUAUCGCUCCAACAUGUCGAUCAAGGUUAUGCCCCAACAUCCCGACUCUUUGGAUUUGAAUGUUCCUGGUAGUCCGAAUCCCUAUCGUGAUUUGGUGGAGAAGUACGAGGCGCUGCUCGAGGUUCAACGAUCAUCGAUCGCCCGCAAGAACACAAAUGGUGGCAUGUCCUUAGCCGAGGAGUUCCAGUCGUCGGGAGAGUUUGCACAGACACAGAAAUUGAUGUUGCAGGCUGCUCAUGCUGUGGUGGCGGAGAAUUGCAAUACCUCCACCAAUGGAGAUGCGGCCAGCAGUUGCAAUGGCAGCAUGAAUAAUGAUGGCAAGGCCAAUACCAAAGUUGAUAAGAGUCGUGGUCGUACACCUACCGAAUUUUCCGAGGCGGAGACCUCAUCUUCGGGCUAUUCGGAUGAGACUAGUACCAAGGCGACGCAAACGGAUGAGAGGCCUGGCUACUUUCUGUGCUCCAUCGGUGAUGGGGAGGAUUGCAAGUUCAGCAUUUACGAUGAUGCCAGCCCCAUUGAUUCUCGCUUCCGCAAUCGUCCCGAAUAUCGUGAACUUUUCAAGGAGAUAUUUGCCGUCUUGAAAAAGGCUGCCGAGAACAAAGAAGAAGGCGACAAACUCCCACUGCUGGACGACACUCACCCCGUGGCCAAUACCACGCAAAAAGUACCUCCAGUGACUCCUGCCAACGAAGAACUUCCCAUUGAUUUCGGUGAUGACUCGCAGAGCAUCAUAUCGUCAGCCGUCUCCGAGCAAUCGUUUGCCAUGUCCGAAUGCAUCACUAAAUUGGAACGCAAGACUGCCAAGAAGCACAUUAUCGAGAAGAAUCAAGAAAACAAGCCACCCAUGGCUGCGUCCAUAGGCCAGCUUUCGUCUCCGAAUGCCAAACAAAUAGUCGAGAACGGCCGGGUGUUAACACCCUUGAAGCGGGAACCUUUGGACUAUUUGGCGGUUGGAGUUGGCAUUAAGAAGAAGAAUCGUCGCAAGAACCGCAACUUCUCCAGUGAUCGUUCCGAAUCGCCCUUGGCCUUGCCCACGCCUCCACGCAUCUUUGUGGCUAGCGGCAAAAAACGCAAAGACGUUCGUCCCUACGUUGAAUCUCCCAUGGCAUCGACGUCCAACCAAUUCCAAACUACCCCGGCCAGCUCGAGGGCCUCACGCAGCGCUCCCAAAUACGAGUGGAAUGGCAACUCGAUGAUUAUUUACAACCGCAGUCUUAGUGGCCGAGUAAGUCGGGAGGUGGAUGUCAGCAACAUUCCUUACAGGCCAAGUACCGUCUCGCAAGAUCUGCACAAACUGAAAAAGCUUGACCUGUCCUAUGCGGAAGUUUUGCGGCGAGCCGAUGCCUGCAAGUCGCACAAUCAGCAACAGCAGCAGCAUUACCAACAGCAGCCACAACGACGUAGAAAUCACCGCCACUAGAGCUGCCGCGUAGAUGAAAUCUAGAAACCAAACCCUCUUAUCUCUCCACGCCCCACCCCAACCCAACCCAGUGUUAUCUGCUGAAGCUGAUAAGUAUUAAGUAGGUGUCUACCAACUACUUGCUCACUCCCUACCCCUACCCGAACCCGCUACUGCAGCAUACCUACCCCAUGUGAUCGAUUGAACUGUAGACCUGCGUACGGGAUCUUGAGCUACUCAAUUCUGUUCUGCUGGCACAGCGCUCAGCGUCUAUUCAUCAUCUGCCAUUUACUUACUAGGCUUACAAGGAUCAACUCAUUUGAUUUAAAUUUAGUUUUUAAUCUGUUACACCUAAACGAGUCCAUUGAAAUCUGUCCCUUAUGUUUUGUUUUGUGGAGGAAGAACCCUCAUUUCCCUUUCUCACAAGCUGUCUUCUCGCUCCCCUCCUUUUUCUCCUUCGCCUCCUCCUUCUCCUCCUCCACCCCUCUUAAGUAUAAAUUAGAUUAUUUUUGCUUUUAAGUGAAUGCGCAUAUUUUACAUUUAAAUAUUGUUUUUACUUUUAAACCAAUACUACUACAUCGACAAUUAAGCAGGCGGCACGUGAAGAGGCAUUGAGUUAUUGUGGGCUCAGCGCACAAUCCGCAUUGAUACCGACAUACCUACAUACUACUUACUGCACUUCUAUUAAAUUUUAAUUAUAUAUUUUACUUGUAUUUUGUAUAUAACAUGAGUUUGAAAUUAAUUUUAUUGGAUCAACGAAGAAAAGAAACCAAACCCGACCCUUGUCCCCCCCCUCCCCUGCCCCACACCAACAAAAAGAGUCCAUCCAAGCCCGAGAAGAAAUCCCCAUGAUUCAAGUUUAGCCCUAGAAGAACAUAGUCGACAAAUAAAUUAUAAUAUACACAUAUACACAUAUACACACAUACAUACAUAAAACUAUACCCCAACAAAUUGUUUUUGCAAACUUAUCUACGAAUGGACACACUGGCGGAGGACUACCACCCACACCCAGAUGGCUCCCAAAAGUAGUCGGCUGCAGCUCGCAACCAAGGCAGUAGUCCAAGAGAUUCUGUGAUUCUCUUUUGCCAGUGAAUUUUUACUCAAAUUUACGCAUAAUUAAAAAAUAAUAAGAAUGUAUUUCAAAUAAAAGAACAACAUAAACAAAACAAAAGACAAAUGAAUUAGUUAAAAUAA